AUGCCAGCCAAAAUGCAGCUCGUUAUCAGAUGUAAUGGGAGGAUUUUCCUGGCUGUUUGUUUAAUCCUCUUUGUGGGAUACACAGCACAAGGUGCUCCGAUGCAGAGGACAAGGUACAAGAGAAUGAGGUGCCAACCCGAUGCCUGGUCUGCUAACUGCAUUGAAGAGAAGGGGCUCUGGUUUUACAUGCCCACUGGUGGAGCCAACAAGAUCCUUCCUGCCGUGGCAGACCCAUCCCUGAUGAAGCAAUACCAGGAGUUAGGCGACGUAUUCCCUCUCUCAGAUGAGGAGUCUGGCUCUGGGCCCAGUGCUGGGAUGGAAGCAGGCCCAGCCUCUGGGUCAGGACUCGGUGACAGCAACGGCUUCUCUGAGGAGAAGCUGCCUGUGUUCCUGGCGGGCCCGCGAGCCAGCGGGCUGAAGCAAAAGCUAUCGGAGGAGGAUUUGCUCCUGUAG